CACUUUCUCAGCUCAAGACCCCAAGCCUUCCAUUGUUACUUUCCGUUCCCUUCCGCCACUUCCCCUGUAUUCGUCUUCGCCUCUUCUGCGACGGUUCAAUCAUCGACGACACCCAAAAGAAAGAGGGAAGCCGAUCUCUCUCCCUUUACUGACCUCUUGCAUCUCGUUGUCUCUCCCUUGCAAGCGGGUAAAAGGAAAGCCCAAUUUUGUGCAGCUCUACCACCGAGGAGGCAACAAAAGCAUGGGAACUGAUGCUGAAGUGCAUGACAAGCUUCCAUCAGAAUUGGAAAGGUUGCAACUAGAACAACAUCAAGAUGCCCCAAAGAGUAGUACAGGCAUGACUGGUACAAAGGAACAAUGUAAUGUUGUAGAAGUUUCUAAAACUUCGAAGCCUACAAAUGGCAAUGUAGAAACUAAUUCAGUUUCACCUUCAUUGCAGAAAGAUGAAGACGAGGAAAAAGGUGAUAAUUCAGAUCUACCAGAAACUGCAAAGAAGAAAAAGAAGAAAAGCAAAAGCAAGAAGAAGAAAGAAUCUCUUGGGCAGACUGAUCCCCCAUCUAUUCCUGUAAUUGAACUAUUUCCGUCUGGGGAGUUCCCCGAGGGUGAAAUUCAGCAGUACAAAGAUGAUAACCUAUGGAGGACUACUUCUGAAGAAAAGAGGGAACUGGAGCGCCAUGAGAAACCGAUUUAUAAUGCAGUUCGCCAAGCAGCUGAAGUCCAUCGACAGGUUCGAAAAUAUAUGAAGGGAAUCAUAAAGCCAGGGAUGCUAAUGACUGACCUGUGUGAAACUUUGGAGAACACAGUUCGUAGGCUGAUUUCGGAGAAUGGUCUGGAAGCAGGCAUUGCAUUUCCUACUGGUUGUUCGUUGAACUGGGUUGCCGCACAUUGGACCCCAAAUUCUGGGGAUAAAACUGUGCUUCAGUAUGAUGAUGUUAUGAAGUUGGAUUUUGGAACUCAUAUUGACGGACGCAUAGUUGACUGUGCGUUUACAGUGGCAUUCAAUCCCAUGUUUGAUCCACUACUUGAGGCCUCACGGGAAGCUACAAAUACUGGAAUCAAGGAAUCAGGGAUAGAUGUUCGUCUUUGUGAUGUUGGUGCUGCAAUUCAAGAGGUCAUGGAAUCAUAUGAAGUUGAGAUAAAUGGAAAGGUGUUCCAAGUUAAAAGUAUCCGGAACUUGAAUGGACAUAGCAUUGGCCGCUAUCAGAUCCAUGCUGGAAAAUCUGUUCCAAUUGUAAAAGGAGGAGAACAGACUAAGAUGGAAGAGGGUGAAUUUUUCGCCAUAGAAACUUUUGCAUCAACAGGUAAAGGUUAUGUUAGAGAAGAUCUGGAGUGCAGCCAUUACAUGAAAGAUUUUGAAGCUGGCCACAUUCCACUGAGGUUACCCAGAGCAAAACAACUGCUUGCUACAAUCAACAAGCACUUCUCGACAUUGGCCUUCUGCAGACGUUAUUUAGACCGUUUGGGGGAGACUAAAUAUCUGAUGGCACUAAAAAAUCUUUGUGAUUCUGGGAUUGUACAGCCUUAUCCCCCUCUUUGUGACGUUAAGGGUAGCUAUGUGUCACAGUUUGAGCAUACUAUCCUACUCCGACCGACCUGCAAAGAAGUUAUAUCAAGAGGUGAUGACUAUUGAGGAUUGAACCAUCCUUGUCUCAUUUUGUUGCCUUUGGUGGCUGUUACUGUCUUAUGAAGUGGGAAGAAAAAAAUCGAAAUAAAAAAAAAAAAUUUAAUAUCCCCC